CCAUAAACCGUCAUCAAUCCCAUCAUGAUCUUUAAAUGAAAGACAGUACAUGUAUUCAUAGAAAGUAGCUGAACAAUACACGGCAUCCUUCCGUGGUGUGUUAGUUGUCCGCUAAUGCAAUCGGAAGCUUUAAGGAAAUCAAGGCUCUUCUUGCUCUCAGAGGAAAACCUUUCAGUCCUGGUUUAAACUUUGAAGAAAAGUGUCCUUUCUGGUGUCUGGAUGAUUUGACAGAGGAUGAUAUCGCCUACAUCAUGGCCCGGUCUGUUUGUGCAAAGUCUGCGUUUGAGCUAUGGGGCCAUGGACCAAACCACAGUGAGCUAAGAACAUCCUUACUGAACUACCCAGAACAAAACAUGUUGCCAUUCUUGCACGAAGACUCAACAUACAGAAUCAAUGUUUACACCUUCAAUAACACCUUGGACUUCACAGAAAGAAUCAAACGAAUUGAUGCAAUGGAUUACCUGCCAUUUCAGGGAGUUGUAAAUCUAAAGAACCCUCAACACAUCUUCUGCUUGCUGGAAGAUUAUGGGACCGAUCCAAACAACAUCCCUCAGCAUCCAUAUUACAUCUAUUUUGGCCGAUGGAUAGCGGAUGGUCAGCGUGAACUGAUUCGAUCUCACAGUGUAAAGAAAAGACACUUUAUUGGAAACACCAGUAUGGAUGCCGGCCUCUCCUUCAUCAUGGCCAACCAUGCCAAGGUCAAAAAGGAUGAUCUUGUCUUUGACCCAUUUGUCGGCACUGGAAGCCUGUUGGUUGCUUGUUCUCAUUUUGGAGCAUACGUGUGUGGAUCAGAUAUUGAUUACAACACUAUUCAUGGCAAAGGAAGGUCAAGCCGCAAAGAUCAGAAAUGGCGAGGACCAGAUGAGAACAUCCGUGCCAACCUACGACAGUACGGAACAGAAAAGACAUACGUGGAUGUGAUGGUGUCUGAUGCAUCCAAGCCCGUUUGGAGGGAUGCAGCUCUCUUUGAUGCCAUCAUUACCGAUCCUCCAUAUGGUAUCCGUGAGUCCACAAGAAGAACAGGCUCUCAAAAAGAAACAACAAAACCUACAGAUAGCGUCUAUGCCGAGUCACAUGUGGCUGUAUCCCAGUCCUACCACCUGAGUGAAAUAUUUGCUGAUAUGCUAAACUUCUCUGCACAUCGCCUGGUCAUGGGAGGGAGGCUGGUCUACUGGUUGCCUGUUUACAGGCCAGAAUACUGUAAAGAAAUGAUUCCCCUCCAUCCAUGUCUGAAUCUCAUUAGCAACUGUGAACAGAUUCUAUCAAGCCACGCGUCCCGCCGCCUGAUCACCAUGGAGAAGGUCAAAGAACCAGAGGAACUGGAUGGUCUGGCUCAUCUAUCGGACCCUCGCUUCAGUGCCUACCAGGGGCACAACACCUUCAGAGAGAAGUACUUCAGUGGACUCAACAAGAGGCUGAGCAAAGAGAGCCAUUCCAAUGGGGACUCAAUCAUUCAAACAGAGCCAGGCUCAAAUAAUGACUUGGCAGGCUCCAAAAGAAAGCACAUACAAACACCAGCCAAUUAAUCAAAUUGAUCUGUAAAAUAACCAAAAGAAGAGAUGUAAAAAAAUAAAUAAAUUAAUUAUUCUUGAUUUGACUAACAGGGAAGUAUGUCAGGUCAAUAUUUUCAGUAGUAGUAGUCGGAGCAGUUGACCAUAAAAUUAAAGAGUUAAUGAAUUCCGAUGACAGUCAUGACACAAACAGCGGGACUGUAUUUAUUUCGUUGAAGGCAGUUAUUUUUCAACAGUUUUUAAAGAUCAAUUGAUUGUGCAGCUGUAUUUUUUGUGGUAUGUGAGUGUAACCAAUCUAAUACAUUUCUGUCGAUUUUUAUUGUUACUAUUUCUUUCCUAAUAAAUCUGUGAGCUCACAGCAAACUUUUGCUGCUGAAUGGCCAUGGCGGUAUAAUAUAUUUAUAUUUUUGAGAGGCCAGCAUUCUAACAAGUUCCACCAUUCCGCCGAAGCAAAUAUUGAUUUCUUUUUCGUUUCUGAUAGCUAAAUGAUUUUCUCGGUCACUGCUCACAUUACCUGGUUUUGACGGGUGAUACUUAAGAGUCUGAGAGCAGACGAGCAGUAAAAGGGCACGGUGUCCUCCCUUCACCUUCACCCCACACACACACUCCAGUUAGUUGGCAUCUUCUGUUUGGCAACGGUUGGCAUGCAGUCUGACUCAUUAUUCAUCUUCUGAGUGCAACACAGCAGACCCUGUGUUUACCAGCCUGACCACCACACUCCCUUGUUCUUUUUUUCAAAGGAAGCGAGCACUUGGCACCUUCACAUCAGGCCAGGCUCGCAUCAUUUGUGGUGCACUUUGUUUAUUGUUCCCACCAUGUUCUUUUCUUGCACAUCUUCAUUUUGGGCAAACAAUUGGAGAUCUCACAAUUAUCACUUGUCUUGUUAAAUAUAAACAAUUCCUAUUUUUUCCACUUUGAAAACCCAUUGUUUUGAGUUUAAAAGCUCCUUGGAUUUUUCUUUGAAGCUUGCUGUGUUCGUGUUUGUUUGCAGUGCUGUAAAAUUAUGACAAAGCCACACCUCCAUAAUUAGAGACUAGAAUUAAGUGUAAAUCUGGUGGAGGGGGUUCCUCUCUUCAGCACAUAAUUCCGUCCAGACAUUGUGGAAAUGUUCGCAAUGUGUGCAUUUAAGUAGUAAUCUCGUAGGAUUUAAUAACAAACAUGAUUUUGUGCCUCGCCUCCCAAGCAUUAAAUCUGUCAUCAGUUGUUUCUGUCUCAGAUAGACCAAUAAAAUGCCCAACCAAAUGUCUUCCUCAGGUCCACUAGUACACACAACCUCCUGUUCACCUUCUCCCUCACUUCACCUCUGCCCUCAAGCCCCCCCUCUCCGCACACACACAAUUUGGACCCCUUAUCCCCCUUUUGCUCUCUCCAAGAAAAACACACUGUUGACUUUAGGCCGCUGUUUUGGAACAGUGACUCUGAUUAAACUCCCAUCUGUAUGUCUGAAUGUCUGCUUGACAGUGCUGAGUCAGAUGAUGCCACCAGACGACACACGUUUUGUUUAAUAAAAGGGAGGUUUGCAAUGUUAAAACUGCAAGCGAAAUUUGAAUGUAGCCUUACUUCACUAAGCCGCCCCUUUCUCGAGUCUCUGACAAACGUGCACAAGGCAAUUCUCAAACGUGUGAUUGUGAAAGUGCGUAGUCAUGAGAAAACAACACAAAUCCAGCUGCAGCAAUAUACCAGUGUUACUAAUAAUAUUAGCACGAUAAGCUGAUGUUAUGUACAGCUGCUACAGUGGUCGUGUGACUUAUUUGCAAUGGAGUCUUACAAUACCACUAAAUGUAAUUGGUUUUGAACUCUAAUUUUUUGGAAUCUAUCAAAUCACCCAAACAUCAAAACAGCCGAGAUUGUAUCCAUCGAGUAGUAAUGUUGCUAAUUCCACAUCCGUUCUGAAUCCUUUCAGCUGCCUGAAGGCUCUUCGCUGUGCUUCUGUUUGCUGGUGUAAUGCCAACUUGUUGGCAAAUGAGGGAUUGCCAUUUUUAAUUUUUAUUUUGUGACAGUGGAAAUUCCAGCGUAGUUUUAACAAAGCUCCUGAAGGCACACUUAACAGUUCAUUGCAAUGCUUCAGCGUUGUGCCCUUGAUGAGUGUCCCAGUGAUUGCACAGAAAAUAAUGGCCUUUUGUAAGUCACACCAUCUUUCUUUGUUUUUUUGUUUUCCUUUGGGUCCGGAGCGCGUUGAUUAUUUGUUUAUGUAUUUAUUUUUCUUCUCCCCCAAUUGACCCAGGUCAGACUGACAGCUAUGGUAAACAUUUACAGUUUUGUCAGACCCCAACCGAAAAUAUUACGCACGCAUUUGCAGACUACAGGGGUCGACAGUUUAUGGUUGUCCUAACAUUCAUAUGAUAUUUAGAGUUGUUCAUUUGAUACUUUUGUAUUUAUCCACUAUAAGGGUGUUUUUAGCUUACAAGUGUUUCAUACAAUAUUAACUGUAAUUUUGACAUUUUGAGGUUACCAAAGGCGCAUAAUGAUCUUGUCAGUGCAGCGGCGUAACAAUAUUUUGUCAUGCGGCAUCACAAAGCACAAAGUUACUGUUCUAUCAAAUCAUGCGUGUCGCUUCUUUGGGGCCAGAGUAUAUGUAAGCAUGACAUCUUGUAUGAUCAAAUGUUUUCUCCUCCUGUACCCUGUGGAUUCUAUCAUCCGUAUAACUGCAGGGUGAAGUGGUUCCUGGCUACCACCACUCUCACGCUUGUAUUUUCUGCACAGUCUUUGCACCUCGACUGUAACUUGCUUGAUGACCCUUUGUGACAUUGUAAGUUCAGUGGCCGGCCACUUCACCUCUGAGAAAAUCCUGUUUGAAUCCUUGCCUGGGUAAUGGAUCUGGCACAGUGCACCUGUCCAUAGCCAGGGGAGUUUGGACACCUGUAGAAUUCUCUAUUUCCUGCCUUGCUCCUGAUUAAACAUAGGUCACCAGAAUACCCUCGGGAAGUUGUGCGCCCCCCCUCACUUACUGAUCAUGGUAAGGUGAGAACUGUUACCACCAUCCAUGUCUGGGAGGUAAAUGACCCUCAAAGUUGAACCAUUAUGGACAACAAAUCAGAAAAACAGUCUCACCUUGCGCAGCUGUGUGAAACUCAAACCAUGUUCACAGUAAAAAAAAAAGAAAAGGAAACAUAAUAACACAUCUAGGGAAGAGCCCGUACAAUUAGAGCCUGUCGUUUUCCAUUCAUUUUCAUUUUAUUAAUCUACUUAUUUAUUUAUUUUACAAAAAGUACCUGGCCUUUAUUGCGGCACUGAAUGCAAGUGCCACUAGAUGACAGACUUGAGCAAAAUAAAGCUUCUCAGUGAUUGUAAGGGUCCUACUCUCAGUUGUAUGUACUGUAGUCCAGGCUACAGACCAUUUAUAAUCAGUGCUGUGCAGCUUUAAACAAACAGUUGAGAGGCCAUGCUUUGAAGUGAUAGAGCUGGACUUGAGGGAGUGCAGAUCAGCCCCGAACACGCAACAUCCGCUUUCAGACACUCGCCUGGAAGUGGCAAAUAAGGUUGUUAGCCUCGGAAGAGAAAGGGGUUACUGAACGUCCUGUCACCCAACUUCCUUUUCCUUCUUUCAUCCAGUCAAUCUGUGCACUCAAUGGCCAUUUUUAACUCUUAGAAUAAUAAUAAUAAUAGCUUUAUUUAUAUAGCACCUUCCUGCAGUGUUUAUCACCGGAAGUUACAUCCACUGGUGUUAAAUAAACCAAUCUAUUUCCCACUUAGUUUCUCGUUUGCUAUUGUUGUAUAUCAAUUUUAAUGCAUAUUGCACUCUGCCUAUAUUGGUGUCGGGUCGGCGCUGUCUUUCAUUCAAUGAGUGCAGUCCAUUAACCAUUUAUGACUAAAUCUUUCCAUCCAUCCAUCCAUCCAUCCAUCCAUCCAUCCAUCCAUCCAUCCAUCAUCCAUCCAUCCAUCC